CUUGGUCCAAUGGAUACUCUUCCUUCUGGCUGUUUUGGCGAGAAGAAACCACACACUAAAAGCCAACCUGGUAUAAUGAAGUUCUGUAAGAAAGUCAAUGCUCUUCCUGGUUCAUCAUCUUCUAAUGAAGCUACUAAUGCAAUGCGCAAAGCUAACGACGAGACAGAAAAUUUCCGACUUGGUUAUGCUGAUAUUGUACAUACACUGGCAUUUCCAUCAAUUUCGACUGCUGAUUUUCAGUUUGAUCUUGAAAAGGCUUCUGAUAUCAUUGUCGAGAAAGCAGAGGAGUUCUUGCCCAAAGUUGGGACUGCACGUCUUGUCUUGGUGGACUUGAGCCACGGGUCAAAGAUUCUGUCUCUUGUCAAAGCUAAGGCUUCUCAGAAGAACAUUGACUCAGAGAGAUUCUUCACAUUUGUCGGGGACAAAACUAAGCUUCGUUCUGAAGGUGGUCUACACUGCAAUGUUAUAGCUAAUGCUACUAAUUGGCGGCUUAAACAUGGAGGUGGGGGUGUGAAUGCAGCAAUAUUCAAAGCUGCUGGUCCCGAUCUCGAGACUGCGACAAGAGUACUAGCAAACACUCUUCUUCCUGGAAUAGCUGUGGUAGUUCCUCUUCCUUCUACUUGCCCUUUACACAAUGCAGAAGGUAUUACGCAUGUUAUACAUGUGCUAGGACCAAACAUGAACCCAAACCGACCAGACAACCUUAACAACGACUACACCAAGGGCUGCAUUUAGAUUUCUUUUGGUAGGAAUUGUAAUGUAAAACAUUGAUUUGUCUAUUUUCAAAAUUAAGGCUGAUUUACGGCUGAG